UUCGCCUCUCCAUAAAUAGACGCACGAGAGCGCUUCUGUGUGACAACAAACACGAGUUUGACAGCCAAACCCUCCGCGUCAGUUUUACUUUUUGAAAAGUGCUUCUUUAUGGAGACUAUGGAGUGUCGUCCUCCGCCGAAGAGACGGACCAAACGGUGUCUUGUUUUAACAGUCGCCGCUGUCCUGCUUCUCAUUGUUGUCCUCGGUGUUGCGUUGGGAGUCGCGCUCAAGCGGAAUUCAGAGCCAUUUAAGAAAACAUUUAUCGACAGAUGUGAGAAGUUUGAAGGAUACGACUGUGGAAAGAUAUGGACUGCGUUUGAACAAGCCUACGUGAAGAAGGACCCCUGCAAAGUUCCCAUGGAGGCCUAUGACCCUUUAAUGGCUGCAGCCCCCUUCAAACCUGCAUGCAACAGAAUGAUGUUCUGGAGCAAGACUAAGGACGUGGUCCAUGACUUCACCGCGAAAAAGGAUUGUUUUGUGACCUUGGAGGAUACUCUGCUGGGAUCUAUGCUGGAUGGUCUGACCUGGUGUGGAAAAGAGGGCAGCAGUGACACAUUCACUGCUGGCUGCCCUGGAUGGACGGACUGUGACAACAACACCGUUCGCUCAUUUUGGAACCGCAUCUCAGCUGCUUUUGCAGAUGCUGCGUGUGGUGAUGCCACAGCGAUGCUAAACGGCUCAAUCGCCACACCGUUCAGUCCCAACAGUAUUUUUGGGAGCAUCGAGGUCAAGAAUUUCAACUCCCAAAGGAUGAAAAGUCUGAAUGUUCUUCUCAUCACACAGCAGAAAAAUGUGUCAAAUUGUUCAAAUGCAUCGUUUAAGGAUUUACAGAAGGAGCUGGAUGGGGGCAUUAAAUAUAACUGCAAAGAGGUGUCAGAAGCUCAGCUCCAGCAGUGCAGCUCGAGCCCAGAGACCCCCUGUGGAUCCUGUUGGUGAAAACGUGUGAUUAGACGAUUCUGUCGGACAAGUAAAGACGAAACAAUCACCAGCACUAGUAGAACAUUUGUAUAAAGUCUUUGUUUCUUUGUGAUAUCUUUGUAAUUUAAAUAAUGUGUUUUUUGUACCUGUGGGCCAUUUUGACUUGAUGUGAAAUCUGUCUUUGCAUGAUUGGUAGCGAUUUAUUUUCCCAAGAUGACAAGGUUUUUGUACAUUUCAGUAAAAGAUUUCUGUGCAUCUUUAAUGAAAUUUCUAUGCCUUAAGAAAAAUCAAGUUGGGGAAAACUGUAUAGUAUUGCUGUCACUAUUUUGUUGUUGUUGUCUGUGCGGGUGCUCCGUCAUCCAGGUCAUGGUCAGUUCAAAACCUGAGCCAAACACAACUGUACUAUGUUGAAGAUCUUGAAGACGUUUCACCUCUCUUCCUCUGAGACACCAUCUUUCACCAACCUACAAUGCUGUUUUGAAUUCUCUCUCAAACAAACUGAAUCCCCCCGUCCCACCUUGGAACACGUGACCCCAAUGACCCACAAACAGCUGGGAGGAUUUAUGACUAUAGGAGAAACCAGGUCAGCGACUCGGCUAACGAGUCUCAUGUAAUGAUCCACAGAAGGUUACAUUUCUAACUCCUUACAAACCAGUUCACUAGCAAGGACCACGCCACAGCCAAAUAUAUUUAAUGAUAGAUCGUAUGACUGUGCGACAGAAGAAAAUAUGCUAAGGUAAUGAUUAUGAUGGAGAAGGAUGUUGUCGGUUGGCUGGUCUGGAAGGUUGGACUGACUGCAGGCAGAGGGAGACUCAGGAUGGGGGUUCCGUCUUAAGCGUAAUUCUGCCCCGAGCUGAUCACGUGCCAGACUGUGCCCAGAAUUAAACAAAAGAGAUGGAUGAGGAAGGGAAGGGAGGGUGGGUUGUCGAAGAACUGAGACAAACGGUGUGGAGCGGGAUGGCUCAGUAUAAGUAGGCUUGUCAGGUGAUUGGAGUUGUGUCUUGGGCGUAGUCCUGCUCCCGAACCUAAGUUAAUAUACAUUAGCUUCAUUUAAGUUUAGAGCUGAAGAAGACUUUCAGAGGAGAGGUGAAACAUCUUCAAGAUCUUCAACCAAGUCCAGUUACCUUUGGAUCAAACUUUGAAUUUUGUUUAGUGUCUUUGAGUAAUCAGAAACCUCCUAAGGAUAUUUUAAAACUGAUUUACUGUAGGGUUCAAAACCAACGCUGCUAUCUAAUCACGUUCAACUGACAAUCUCACUCCUACCUGGGGGCAGAAUUUCAUAUUUUUUUUACAAUAAAAUGUUUCAAACAAAAGGA